CUGCGUUUCAUCACAGCGACGAGAGAAACUUGAGUUUAAAUCUGUUGUGUGGGAUAAACUUGCAUCUCAUGAGUUAACGGGUAUGUUAGAGGCCUCCGCUAAUAUAUAUUGAUGGCCACCCCGAGCAAGACGCCGCCUGGUGCCGACCCCAAACAGCUGGAGAGAACCGGGACAGUUCGGGAAAUAGGCUCCCAGGCUGUGUGGUCCCUGUCGUCCUGUAAGCCAGGUUUCGGAGUGGAUCAGCUGAGGGAUGACAACCUGGAGACCUACUGGCAGUCGGAUGGAUCUCAGCCUCACCUGGUCAACAUUCAGUUCAGGAGGAGGACGACGGUGAAGAUGUUGUGCAUCUACGCCGAUUAUAAAUCAGAUGAGAGCUACACGCCGAGUAAGAUCUCUGUGAGGGUGGGUAACAACUUCCACAACCUUCAGGAAGUCAGACAGCUGGAGAUGGUGGAGCCCAGUGGCUGGAUCCACAUCUCGCUCCUCAACCAGAGAACCAACGACCCGAUCAGCACCUUCAUGAUCCAGAUCGCGGUCCUCGCCAACCACCAGAACGGCCGGGACACGCACAUGCGCCAGAUCAAGGUGUACACGCCCGUGGAGGAGAGCACCAUCGGCAAGUUCCCACGAUGCACCACGGUGGACUUCAUGAUGUACCGCACCAUCAGGUGAUCCGGUCCGGAGACCUGACCGAGACUGCGACUCCUUCAAAAUAAAACCCAUGAAUUCAGACUUUAUUCACCAACUGAGUGUUGGACCUGACUAGGAAUAUUUUUUUAACUCUUUGUGACUGUGAUUUUUUUUAUUUGUUUCAAGAUCUUUAAAUAAACAUUUCAAACCCAGAUGAAGGAACUCUCUUGA